ACAAAAAAAUCUCCUCCUUAAAUAUACAAUUUUAUAAAAUUGUGUCAGUUUGCUUUCGUCCCUCCUAGUGUGAGAACAAGGCGAAUAGUGACAGAGCAGUGAGCGAGUGGGGAAAGUAAGUAGGGAAGGAGCGAAAGGCGAAUCCAGUCCGUCUUUUUAUCCCGCUCGCCGCCGAGUUCCUCGAAGCUCCGUGUUUUGGCCCCGAUCUGCGCUCCAAGUUAAGCUGUAGUUUCCAUGGCUGACCAUGGUUUGGUGCUGUUGGCUCUCUCUGUCUGCUCAACCCAGGCUGUGCGGAGCUCCCUGCGGGAUCACAGCGCUCCCCCGCCGGGACCCUACUCUCACAUCCUCCUGCUGGGACUCGGCUACAUUUCCAGCCAAGCCUGGCUUUAUUAUGUGUGUCUGCACUGCAGCCGCGCCAGCAGUCGGAUCGGGAGGCGGAGGGAAGACCAGAGUCAGGACAAAGAAAAAGGGAGAGAGAGGCUAGCGACCGCAAACAUUUCUGUUUUUGAGGAAUUUAAAAUAAAGCGGAGAAAAAAAUCCUAAAUACAAUCCCCGCGGGUGAGAAUGCUGGCUGAGACAGCGAUGUCCAUAUCGCAGCCUGUAAAAUAACGGAGGUGCGAGAUGGCUCGAUGCAAGUAGGACCAGGGCAAAAAUAUAUAUCGCAGUAUUUACUAUAACUGCACCGCGGAGCAGGCACGACGGGCGACGACAGGAGGAGAGAGAGAGAAAACAACGCCAAGCUCCUUUAAUCAAAAUUAUAUAAUUGCUCAAUUAAGGUAAUCAGAUCACCGAGACGCGCUGGCACCUUUUCCCACGGACAAUCAGGUGUUACGGUACCGCUGUAAAAUUCUGGCCCCCGCGACGCAACUUGCAAGUCGGACUGCGCGCACCGGUUUGAAGCCGCUGCACCGCAAGCGAGCGCUUUCUGCGCCGAACAAAAGGACCGCCGGGCGGCCGGCUAAGCAAUCGCCAAGUUAUCCGGACAGAUCUACAGGUUGAGCCGAAGAAGUUGCACUUAGAGAGGAAAGGGGGAGCAGAUCCAGGAAUAAAGCUUUCUGUCUUUGUUUUAAACUGGCUUCCGCUUUAUUUCCAGUGCUGCCACACUCCUCCAGCUACUAGAGACUGAAGUUGCCGCAUUGCAACAGGCAAAGAAGUAGAGGGGGAAAAAGAUCAAGUCAAUCAACCCCUCUAUAUGUUUGUAUACUGGUAAAGGCAAUAGAUCGGCGAAGAGGAAAAAAAAGAUACCGCAUUAAGACGGAGAUGUCUAGGAGAAAACAGGCCAAACCGCGCUCCGUUAAAGCAGUAGAGGAAGGCGAGUCGUCGGAGUUUGCCGGAACCUGGGAAUCCUCCUCCGCGCACACAGAUGUUCCUGGGCCGGAUGGCGACUCUGACCCAAAGGAGUGUCGGGGGGGUCUGGAGGAUGGCGAGCAGAGCGUCACCAGCCAGGAUGAGCGAAUGGCCGACGACGAUCUGGACGACGAGCCCAUCUUCACGUGUGACAACUGCCAGCGCGACUUUGAGUGCCUGGCUGAGCUGACGGAGCACCGCACCAACCACUGCCCCGCCGAUGGCGACGACGACCCCGGGCUCUCCUGGGUGGCGUCCUCCCCCUCCAGCAAAGACGUGGCAUCGCCCUCGCAGAUGCUAGGGGAGGGCUGCUGUGACCUGGGCAUGGGCACCGGGGAAGAGGAAGGAGGCUCGGGCCUUCCAUACCCCUGCCAGUUCUGCGACAAGUCCUUCAGCCGGCUCAGCUACCUGAAGAGGCACGAACAGAUCCACAGUGACAAGCUGCCCUUCAAAUGCACCUUCUGCAGCCGCCUCUUCAAGCACAAGCGCAGCCGCGACCGGCAUGUCAAGCUGCAUACGGGUGACAAGAAGUACAGCUGCCAGGAGUGCGAGGCGGCCUUCUCGCGUAGCGACCACCUCAAGAUCCACCUGAAGACGCACAGCUCUAGCAAGCCCUUCAAGUGCAGUGUAUGCAAACGUGGCUUCUCUUCCACCUCCUCGUUACAGAGCCACAUGCAGGCACACCGGAAGAAUAAGGAGCACGUGGCGUCACGAGCUGACAAGGAUGCGGGCCGACGCGGGGCCGGCAGUGGUGGCGAACUAGACCAGGACCUCUACAUGUGCGACUACUGCGAGGAAACCUUCAGCCAGACGGACGAGCUGGAGAAGCAUGUGCUGACACGCCACCCACAGCUCUCAGACCGGGCGGACCUGCAGUGCAUCCACUGCCCCGAGAUCUUCUGCGAUGAGGGUACGCUGCUGGCCCACAUCAGCCAGAUGCACGCUAACCGGAAGCACAAGUGCCCUGUCUGCGCAGAGCAGUUUCCCUCUGUCGAGGAUGUCUACUGCCACCUGGACAGCCAUCGGCAGCCUGACUCCAGCAACCACAGCGCCAGCCCCGACCCCGUACUGGGUAGUGUGGCCUCUAUGAGCAGUGCCACUCCAGACUCAAGUGCAUCCCUGGAGCGUGGCUCAACCCCAGACUCUACCGUGAAGCCGACGCGAAGUAGCCGUAAGCUUGCCCCAUCGUCCUCUGACCGUGAUGAGGGCGGUCAGGGCUGGUCGUCAUCCGGGAAGGUGACGUACAGCUGCCCAUACUGCUCCAAGCGAGACUUUAACAGCCUUGCUGUCCUGGAGAUCCACCUGAAGACCAUCCAUGCUGACAAGCCCCAACAGAGCCACACAUGCCAGCUGUGCCUGGAGACACUGCCCACCCUGUACAAUCUCAAUGAGCAUGUGCGCAAGGCCCACCGCGCCAGCAGCACUACGUCCGCCUUCCCGCUCCUGCAGUUCAGCAACGUCUCUGCUUUCCACUGCAACUACUGCCCUGACAUGUUCGGUGACAUCAACACCCUGCAGGAGCACAUCCGCAUCUCUCACUGCCUGCCUGGUUCGGGGUCCACUACCCUUGAAGGCAAUCAUGCCUUCUUUUGCAACCAGUGCUCUAUGGGCUUCUUGACCGAGUCGUCCCUCACCGAGCACAUCCAGCAGACGCACUGCAACAACGCUGUAGCCAAGUUGGAGUCCCCUGUACUGCAGCCGUCUCAGUCCUUCAUGGAGGUCUACUCUUGUCCUUACUGCACCAAUUCCCCCAUCUUUGGGUCUCUCCUCAAGCUUACUAAGCACAUCAAGGAGAACCAUAAGAACAUCCCUCUAGCUAACAACAAGCGCCAAGCUAAAGUGGCAGACCACAGUCCAGCAUCUUCUGAUGUGGAGAUAUCCUCCCCUAAGCGCCAGAGACUGGCUUCUGACACCACGUCGAUGAAUGCCAACGGGGAGUACCCUUGCAACCAGUGCGACCUCCGGUUUUCCAGCUUCGAGGGCUUCCAAACCCACCUCAAGUCUCAUCUUGAACUACUGUUGAGGAGGCAGUCCUGUCCACAGUGCAACAAAGAAGAUUUCGAGUCUCAGGAAUCCCUCUUGCAGCACCUGACGAUUCACUACACCACCACAUCCACCCAAUACGUCUGUGAAAGCUGCGACAAGCAGUUUUCCUCUGUGGAUGACUUGCAGAAGCACCUGUUGGACAUGCAUACUUUUGUACUAUACCACUGCACACUCUGUCAGGAGGUAUUUGAUUCGAAGGUGUCCAUCCAGGUUCACCUGGCGGUCAAGCACAGCAACGAGAAGAAAAUGUACCGUUGCACGGCAUGCGCCUGGGACUUCCGAAAGGAGGGCGACCUUCAGCUGCACGUCAAGCACAGCCAUCUCGGCCACCCAGCCGGCACUCCCGGCAGCAAGGCUCGCAAGUGCAUCUUCUGCGGGGAGACGUUUGGCACGGAGGUGGAGCUGCAGUGCCACAUCACCACUCACAGUAAGAAGUACAGCUGCCGCUUCUGCAGCAAAGCUUUCCAUGCGAUCGUCCUGCUGGAGAGGCAUCUCCGGGAGAAGCACUGUGUCUUUGACGUGGGUAGCGGCAACAGCGGCAGCCAGAACGGGACACCCAAUGGGGUGUCACAGGCCUCCAAGCGGGGAGGGAGCAGCGGCGGUGGAUCAGGCUCUGCCCCCGCAGAGUCAGCUGAUCUGCAGAAUGCACUACUCAAGGGCAGCCAGGACACGGCCAACAGUCACGAAGCCAGCGGAGAAGACGAGGUAGAUGCCUCGGAGCCUAUGUAUGGCUGCGACAUCUGUGGGGCUGCCUACACCAUGGAAGCCCUGCUGCAAAACCACCGGCUGCGUGACCACAACAUUCGGCCAGGUGAAGACGAUGCCUGCUCCCGCAAGAAGAAGGCUGACUUCAUCAAGGGCAACCAUAAGUGCAAUGUGUGUUCUCGGACCUUCUUCUCUGAGAACGGCCUGAGAGAACACGCGCAGACUCACCGUGGCCCCGCCAAGCACUACAUGUGCCCCAUCUGCGGGGAGCGCUUCCCCUCUCUGCUCACACUCACCGAGCACAAGGUCACACACAGCAAGAGCCUGGACACGGGCACCUGCCGUAUCUGCAAGAUGCCCCUGCAGAGCGAGGAGGAGUUCAUUGAGCACUGCCAAAUGCACCCAGACUUGAGGAACUCCCUGACAGGCUUCCGGUGUGUGGUCUGCAUGCAGACGGUCACCUCUACCCUAGAGCUGAAGAUCCAUGGCACGUUCCACAUGCAGAAGUUGUCCUCUGGUGGCGCCGGCCCCGGUUCAGCCUCGUCUUCACCCAACGGGCAGCUGCAGGGUCACAAGUUCUACAAGUGUGCUCUGUGCCUCAAGGAGUUCAAGAGCAAGCAAGACUUGGUGAAGCUGGAUGUUAAUGGUUUGCCCUACGGCCUCUGUGCUGCCUGUAUCAGUCGGGGAACCAAUGGGCAAUCACCCAGCAAUGGCGGCGCUGGGCCCACCACCCCCCAGGAGUCCGGUGAGAAGCUCCCAGCUGGACUGCGCUGCCCUGAGUGUGCAGUGAAGUUUGAGACUCUGGAGGACCUUGAGACCCAUGUCCAGGUAGACCAUCCAGAGAUGAGCCCUGAAACAAGUGGGUCGAAGAAAGUCACUGGAGCCUCCCCUGUCCCAAAAAAAAAAACCUAUCAGUGCAUCAAGUGCCAGAUGACCUUCGAGACAGAGCGCGAGAUUCAGAUACAUGUCGCCAACCACAUGAUCGGAGAUCCUACUCAGCAGCAAGAGGAGGGUAUCAAUCACGAGUGCAAGCUGUGUAACCAGAUGUUCGACUCCCCGGCCAAGCUCCUGUGCCACCUGAUCGAACACAGCUUUGAGGGCAUGGGCGGCACCUUCAAGUGUCCCGUCUGCUUCACGGUCUUUGUCCAGGCCAACAAGCUGCAGCAGCACAUCUUCGCUGUCCACGGGCAAGAGGACAAGAUCUACGACUGCUCCCAGUGUCCUCAGAAGUUCUUCUUCCAGACGGAGCUCCAGAACCACACGUUGAGUCAGCACGCACAGUGAGAUCCGGCCCCGCAGGACUCCUGGCUCAGCCCCGGCCCCCGACGCCACGCAGUGGGGGAGGACCAUUUCGACAUCACAGCCAAUCAAAGUGUCAUUUGCUACUCCCAUGUAAAACUCUUAACGAUUUGGCCACCAGGCGCAGCGAUUAUGAGCGGUGGGAAAUGAAUAUUAAUGGAAGAUAUUAAAAAAGAAAAAGGGGCAAAAGGAAGGGGGGAAAGGUAUUCUCCAUUCAGUAUUUUUAUCAUCCUGCUUCUCAGUUGUGCGUUUUUUUUUAACAAAAGAUAAGAGAAACGCCUCCCGUCUCGUUUCAGUCUAGAAAUGCUUACCCUGUCCUCUGUUGCUUCAUGUAUCGAGCUGUAGUAAGUGCCGAUCGCACCUCUUUUUGUCAUUCGUUGUCUGCUUUUGGCUUUUAUAUAUUUUUUGUACCUUUUAUUUCUCGCAGUAAAUGGUCCUCGUGCCGUGUCGUGAUCGCUUGCCAAACGUAAUAUGUUCUUUUUAUUAUUAUUUCUUUUUUGUAAUUACGGAAAAAAAUACAAAAAAUGGAAAAAAUGAAUAAAGUGGGGAAAAAUACAACGUAAUAGUUUUGAUUGGAUUUCCCAGUUGAUGACAAUGGUUAUUGUAAAAAUAAGUAUCAUCGAUUUUGCGUGACUCUGGACGGUGUCUGCUUUUAAAAUGUGAAGUGACCAGACUGCAUUAACUACUACAGACAAAAUAAACGAAUGAAUAAAUAAAUAAAUGAAUAAAGGGAA